GCCGCCGUCGCCCGCCGCGGCCGCCUGGGGCCCGGCGUCUCCCUCCCUCCCCCGCCGCCGCUCGUCUCUUGCCUCGCUCGUCUCGUCGCUGCGGCCUGGAGCGGGCGCCGCGAUGGCUCCGGCCGCCGACCGGGAGGGUUAUUGGGGCCCGCCGACCUCCACCUUGGAGUGGUGCGAGGAGAACUACGCCGUCUCCUACUACAUCGCCGAGUUCUGGAACACAGUGAGUAACCUGAUUUUCAUUCUACCUCCAAUCUAUGGUGCGAUUCAGACCUAUAAAGAUGGCCUUGAAAAACGGUAUUUAGCUGCAUAUUUGUGUCUCACAGCUGUGGGAUUGGGAUCUUGGUGCUUCCACAUGACCCUGAAGUAUGAAAUGCAGCUGUUGGAUGAACUGCCCAUGAUAUACAGUUGUUGUGUUUUUGUCUACUGCCUGUAUGAAUGUUUCAAGUACAAGAACACAGUCAAUUAUCCGCUGCUUUUCUUGUUAAUAACCUACAGCUUCGUAGUCAGCAUAGUUUACUUAAAUUUGAAAGAGCCUGUAUUCCAUCAGAUCAUGUAUGGAACGCUAGUUUCCAUUAUAGUUCUACGGUCUGUAUAUAUAGUAUUAUGGGUAUACCCAUGGCUUAGAGGUCUGGGCUAUACAUCUUUAACUGUAUUCUUAAUGGGAUUUUUUCUCUGGAAUGUGGACAACAUUUUCUGUGAUAAAUUGAGGGCACUACGAGAGAAGAUGCCGCCUGUUGUGGGAGCCGUGACACAGUUUCAUGCUUGGUGGCAUAUACUUACAGGCCUGGGCUCUUACCUUCAUAUCCUUCUGAGUUUAUACACAAGGACACUCUUUCUGAAACACAGGCCAAAGGUGAAGUUUGUUUUUGGAAUAUGGCCUGUCCUUCUUGUGGAGCCGCCCAAGAAGCUUUGACUGAGAUCUAGGCAGUUGCAUUCAACCACCUAGCCUGGCUGAAUAAAGAGAUUCAACAGUUACUACAGCUGAGGUGUCAAAAUUAUGGAUCAAUUCAAGUACCACUGCUAUAAAAGGACUUCUCUGUGUUAAUUAGCCUCCCAGCCAGACCAGAGUGAAGAGUCAACACAUUAGGGAAAUAACAUUUAGUAUGGUUUUAUUCUAAGUUGUUAAAAAAAAAAAAAGAUUAAGACACAAUAUUUUUAUGUAUAUAUUGUAUAGCUGAUGAUACUGAGCUAAUAUUUCGUGCUGGUCACAGAAAACUAACCGUUUUUGAAGUGGAUUGCGUACAUUUUUCAUUCAGUUGUUGUUCUUUCUGUGGUUUAAGCUAAUAUUAGUAACUGAAUGGUAAAAAAUGGGCCAUUGCUGGCCAAGCUAAGCAUCUGUGUGGCCUAUAGUGAACUGAAUGCUUAAUCUGAACUACUUUAAUCUUGCACUUUUAUACAAUUAAUGAAGUAUGUAAUGAUUUAGGGCUUUAUUCUGUCUUGCUUCUCUACAGCCUCAUUUGCAAUUUAUAUUUUAAGCAAAAUGGUUGGGAUACAUAGUGCCAUUUAUUUUAUUUUGCACCAGGUUUCCAUUAUCUCUGUAGUCCAACUGAGAUAAAUCGUGGAGGAUGUACCAGGGUGUGAUCAGGAGAAGAUACUUAAGAUGUUGAAACCCUUAAAAGGGUUCUUGUUUUGUAUGUGGAACCUGAAUUCCUAAUUUUUGACCAGUAGUGAUCUAUCAGGAGACUGCAGGGUCCUUUGGGUGACUCUAUAACCACAACACUUUUGUUUCUUAUAAUUAUUACUUACAUGCCUCCCAUUUUCUCUCCUCAUAUCCCAUUCCUACUACAGAUUCACAACCACUUUAGAAAUAUGGUAGUGCAGCUUUGAAUUCAUGUCUUUCCCUUAUUUUGCAAGUCUUU